AUGGCUUCCUCAACAACAACAGAUCCACCACCUGCAUCAGCCCUCUGCGACAUCCUGCAAGCCUCCAAGCCAAAUGUCUUGUCCUCGCCUCACCCAGCGCACCUCUACAAUCUAGCUACUCAAGUCGUCCAUGAUCUUCAAUACCAGCACGACUGGCGUGCCAUAUCUAUACACACGCAUUCACCGCUCACCAACGAUCCUCUACCGCGACUCCUUAUUUCAGGAUUGCCCCCAAAGAGAGCAUACACGCAUCCAGAUGAGCAAGUGGAGAUUCUGAAGGUGGAACAUAAGGCUGGGGAGCGCAUCGAGCAGAAACCAGAGAGGGAAUGGGUGUUGCCUACGCAAUUGCAGGAGAAGAUGAGCUUGAAGAAGUUUGCGGCAGUCUUUGAUGCGCUGAGUACUGUGCCACCUGGUGGUGAGCACGAAGAGCGAGACGGAGAAUACCAGAAGAAUGUGGGAUGGCAAUGGCAGGGAACGAACAGACAGAAGAGAAUACUACUAGCUACGUUGCAUGAUGAUAGCACGGUUGUUUACUAUAUAAUGCAUGAUGGCAUUGUUAAGCCGAGACAGAAUUGA